UUUGUUCUCUUUCUUUCACUGUGGUGGAUGGUUGCGAUUAAUAUCGAAAAGAAAGCCAGACAGUGUAAAGCCUUAGUGUGUUUUAUGCAGGACUCAUAUUUGUUGUAUAAUUGGACUGUAAACUCCUUGUGGACAGAGACCAUGUAUUCUGCCAUAUUAAUAUGUCCCAUAGCAUCGAAGCUAAUGAAUGCUGUGCGAUAGUACGUAUUCAUUUAGUCAUCAGAUAUUUACUGAACACCUACUAUGUGCUAGGCACUGUGCUAAGCUCUGAGGAUAGCUUCGUGAACUGGACAGAUGUGACUCUUGCUGUUUACAGAAUUUACAUUCUAAUGUUUGUUGAAGUCAUGUAACCUAGUAAAAUAAUGGCCCAUACUGAGCCAUUUUAGCAGUACAAAGCAUUAUAUGUAAAGUUUAAUAAUUUUGAGCUACGUCUGCUGUAUGAUUUAACUACAUUCUAUAAGAAGGAAAUAGUGGUAUCUGAUUUGUUUUUCAUCUUUGCUUUUUCCCUUUGUAGAUAAGAUGCUCCAAGCCGUUCGCAUCUCUCUUCAGAAGAAAAAUCACUAGUGCUCUGCUCUUGCCAUAAUACCAAAUCUUUUGACUUAUGCUUUGGUGCUGCAACACUGGAAGAAUUGCACACAGGUUCCAGGAAGAUCUUUUUUAAUUUGAGUGAUGCUUUAUGGAUGGAAAAAGAUUGGAAUCGUAAUAGUUACCCUGUUUUAAAGCUAUUUCUUUAUAGUCUGAACUGCUUAAUAAAUUGGGCCACUUACCGAUGAGCCACGUGGCCAGUUCUUGUCAAGAGCUGGUUGAAAAUUGUGCUGUGCAUGUAGCAGGGAUGGCACAAGAAGAUAGUCGUCGUGGUCAAGUGCCAUCUACCUUUUAUCAUGGUGCCAACCAAGAACUUGACCUGUCCACCAAAGUGUACAAAAGGGAAUCAGGAAGUCCUUAUUCUGUGUUAGUGGACACCAAGAUGAGCAAACCACAUCUCCAUGAAACAGAGGAACAGCCAUAUUUCAGGGAGACAAGAUCAGUGUCCGACGUGCAUGCUGUUAAAGAAGAUGGGGAGAAUUCUGAUGACACAGAAGAGGAGGAGGAUGAAGAAGUCUCUUACAAAAGGGAGCAGAUCAUAGUAGAGGUAAACCUUAAUAAUCAAACAUUAAAUGUAUCUAAAGGGGAAAAGGGUGUCUCUUCUCAGUCCAAAGAGACUCCUGUUCUUAAGACAAGCAGUGAGGAUGAAGAGGAAGAGAGUGAGGAAGAUGCCACAGAUGACAGCAGUGACUAUGGAGAGAACGAAAGGCAAAAGAAAAAGGAGAAGAUAGUGGAGAAAGUCAGCGUUGCACAAAGGAGGAGGAGGAGAGCUGCCUCUGUUGCUGCAGCUACCACUUCCCCUACUCCCAGAACUACAAGAGGUCGUAGGAAGAGUGUAGAGCCACCUAAGCGUAAGAAGCGGGCCACAAAGGAGCCCAAAGCACCAGUCCAGAAAGCUAAGUGUGAAGAGAAAGAGACUCUGACCUGUGAGAAGUGCCCCAGGGUGUUUAAUACUCGUUGGUACCUGGAGAAGCACAUGAACGUUACUCAUAGGCGCAUGCAGAUUUGUGAUAAAUGUGGCAAGAAGUUUGUCCUGGAAAGUGAGCUGUCCCUUCACCAGCAAACAGACUGUGAAAAAAAUAUUCAGUGUGUUUCCUGUAACAAAUCGUUCAAGAAACUCUGGUCCCUUCAUGAACAUAUCAAGAUCGUCCAUGGGUAUGCAGAGAAGAAAUUUUCCUGUGAAAUUUGUGAGAAGAAAUUUUAUACAAUGGCUCAUGUACGAAAACAUAUGGUUGCACACACGAAAGACAUGCCAUUUACAUGUGAAACCUGUGGAAAAUCAUUCAAACGGAGUAUGUCACUCAAGGUGCACUCCUUGCAGCAUUCUGGAGAGAAGCCCUUCAGAUGCGAGAACUGUGACGAAAGGUUUCAGUACAAGUACCAGCUGCGCUCCCACAUGAGCAUCCACAUUGGGCACAAACAGUUCAUGUGCCAGUGGUGUGGCAAGGAUUUCAACAUGAAGCAGUACUUCGACGAACACAUGAAAACACACACUGGAGAGAAACCCUUUAUCUGUGAAAUCUGUGGCAAAAGCUUCACCAGCCGCCCCAACAUGAAGAGGCACCGCAGAACUCACACAGGCGAGAAGCCCUAUCCAUGUGAUGUGUGUGGCCAGCGGUUUCGCUUCUCCAACAUGCUUAAGGCCCACAAGGAGAAGUGCUUUCGGAGGCCAGAGUGAGGACAGCUUUCUGCGGCACCUGGCGGAGAAGAACAGUUCAGCACAGCAUCAUUAACAGUCGUCUCCUUAAGUGUGGUCUCCAGGAAUUAAGUUCCCAUAUGUGAGUUGCAGGGAGAGAGUCGGUGAGCACUUCUGUAGCUGUCAGACUCUCCUCAGCCCUCACCAAGAGCUUUGUCAUUGUCUUGGUGAAUCAACAGAUCCAAGUAAAUGAACCAGAAGACGACCUGGUGCUCACAGAGGGAACCGUCAUCUAAACCAGUGGAACCACCGAACUAAAGUCCAAUUUGCUUGCAUUUUCUGGUGACUUUUAUGUAUUUCAAAUACUCAGACUCAUGAAAUUUUAUAAUUUCAUAUCAGCCGAUGAGGUAUGCUUGCUUUUAUAUCCUGGACUUCUCCUCAAAGAGGGGGUAGGCCUGGUUUCCUUUGUACUAAUCGGGAAGGCUGUGAGAUUAAUCCAGAGCAUUAAUUGUAUCACUGUGUAUCGUAACGAAUUCUUUUCAGCUUUUGGUGCUGGCUACAGUGUUGAGCUGGCCACGUAUCACAGUAUAUCAAGCAUUAUAGAGAAAGACGGAAAUUGUCUUCUUUGUGUAGCUCUCCUAACGCACUCUUUAUUUUACUACAGAAAUUAUUUUAGAGUUUUUGUAUAGACUUCUUUAGUAGCCUGUUUCUAAAAUGGAAAUGUAUUUCAAUAAGCGGUGUAAUUUUUUCAGUGUAGCUGGACCUAUGUUGUAAAAUAGAAAAAAAUUUUUAUAAUCAUCAAAAUGUGAUUCUUAAAGAUACAUAUAACUUCUAUAGUUCAAAAUUAUUCUUACAUCCGUACAACUCAAAGGUGCUUCAGAGACUAGAUGUAUCUGAGAGGGUCUCCAGACCAGGUUAUUAUAAAAAUGAGGUUUUGCUUUCAGAACGUGGCAUAAGUUCUUGGUAGUUUUGAUUCUCUACUUAAUACUCAAAUGGCUGUUAGACUCACUGACAUGCUCCUGUCCUUCGUGUUUCAUUUAGUUCAGUUUGUGCAUGAAAUGAAAUGACUUGCAGAGGGUUGGGCCUUGUGCCAGGGAAGUCACCUAAGAGCUUGCAUGUUUUGAAAAUCCGAGUAAAGCUGUACGCCAUCAAGAGGAGGAAGUAGUGGAGAUUGUUUCAUUUCAGUCACAUCUAUUGCUCACUUCCCUUUGGAACUGUGUUCAUGUUUAACUUCUAUGGGAUGACAAAUUAAGUCUCAUAAUACACUGCUCAUUUUGAGGUUGCUUUGUGUUUUUAGAAUUGUUAUGAGAAGAUAAAAUAGUAAACUGAAAUCACAAACAUAACAUUGCUGAUACUGACUGAAGAGAAAUUGGGUGAGAACACAAAUUGGACACGAGUUUUAAAAUAUCAGUUAUAUCACUGGAUAUGUCCACAACUUUGAGCUAUACUAAGACAGUUUAAAUAGUAGUGAGGGAAAACUCCUAAAGUUUUGCUGCUCUGUCUUCUGCAAAUAAUUAUGUGAUCCCAUCGUUCAUAGCUGAUAAGGACAGCAGCCGCUCUAAUACUGUUAGGCAGGUUAAGUUUUCAAAUUUGGGGAACUUCAAAAGAGAGUGGUCAACAGCAACUGAUUAUAGGAAAGGCUGAACAGAAGGGCUCACACACUGGUUAUAUGUAACUGAUCAAAUGUAUCCAGACCUGACGCAAUACAGCUAACACUUAAGGCUAGAUCUCUCUCUUCAUUUUUUAGCUUCAAAUUCUUCAUUUCUCCUUUUUUCCACAGGCUCUUAAAUCAUUGCCUGAAUCAGAAUCCUGGCUUUUAUUUAUUUUUGUUUUAAUUUUUAAUAUUAAAUGUGCAGAUAUCCUUCAAGCACUUUUCUGGCUGAUUAGUUCUUUGGUAAGAAAGAAAAUGGAACUCUUUCAUUUGAGGUUCAGUCACUAUUUUAAAAAUAUCACAUUCUCUAUUAGCAUUUUGGUUUACUGUUUCCAAAUUUCUUCCUUCUGAUUAUUGCCUUUGUCUUCUAUAAUGAACAUAGUAAAAUUUUGGAAUGAGGCAGAAAAGUACCUCAGACACACUUUCUUCCUGUUUUUGGAUGUCAGUUUUAAAGAAUGUUAUUUUUAAUAUUUGGUAUACCUGGGUAUAUCCAGGUACCCAAGCCAGCAAGGAAAAUUCCUUGCUUAUGACUGUUAUAUCUUUAGUAGCUACUGCCCCUCCCCCCAGUCUCCUUUGCAUUCCAUGACCAGUUUGUGAAUCUCCAUUUUUACGUGGACAUAUCACUAUUUCAUGGUCAAUCUUGUUAUAUUAAAAUGAUUUUGGGAAAAAAAGAUGUAAAUUGUAGCUGAGUUAAUUGGUUAUACCUUAUUUUGUUCUAAAUAAAUUUACAGUAUUAGGCAGCAGUUCUGAAUUCUAGACUUGAGACCACUGAAUCAACUAUUUAAUGAGGUGUGCUGUAAUUAUACACUGGAAAAUUCAGGUAGUCAUCUUUGAUUUUUACAUUCAAGUGAAUAUAGCCAUAAGAAAAUAUCUGCUACAUAGGAAAACAAAAGUAUUAAGCAAAUAAUCACCACCAUCCUUAACAGAAGCAAAAAAGAUUUAAAAAAAAAAAUCAGCAUUGUCACACAGUAUAAUUCUUAGUGAAACGUAUUGUGGAACAGUCUGUGAACAUCUAGUUUUUUCACCCCUGACUUACGACUUGUGGUCUUCAGGAAAACUGCUCAGAACUCUAUGACUCCGUAUCAGUGUCAUUUUAAAUAUGAAUAAUGAAAUGCAUUAAGAAUAUUCAUGACAUUAAUGCUUCUGAAUAUAAGAACUACAAGACUAAGCCUUAAACAUAUAUAUUAUCAGGUUUUACAUGCUCAAAACUCAAACUCAGGGUUGAAAAUUUGGUUGGGGUCCUUUACAGAGAUAAAAGUUGCAUUACAUGGCGUAUACCUUCCCACAUAUACUACAGCAUCCUGUGAAUUCUUCAAAACUUAUUACCUACUUGCUCUCUGUUUGUGAAUAAAAGACCUAUGGAGGAGUUUGAGUUCUCAGCCUUUAUCUGUACUUACAUAAGUCUUUUAAAGACAGCAAAGGCCACAUUUCAGCAUUAUAUUGAUAUCAAUUGAGGCUGUCUCUCAUUACUUAAUUUUACUGUCUUCAAAGGCUUGUAUCAUUGCUAGGAGUAAGAACUAUUUGAGGAAAAUUCACAAAGACUUUUUUGAGUUGAUAUUGCAUUUUUGUGUCUUUGCAUUUCUUCAUUCUUUUCUCAUAGAUUUAUCAUUCAAAUAUAAACUCUUCCUUAGCCUUAAUGAAAGGCUACUGCUUUAUCAAAUUGUGUCAGGUAGGCUUAUACUGAGUUAGAUUUUAAAAUGUAAAUAAAGAAAAGAUGAACAGUUUAAAUGUGACUUCAUUUCCACAUACAUUUGUGAUUUAAUUCUUAUUUUUAGCAAGCAGGGGAGGUUUCCACAUAAAACGUAACUAUAGUUCAGAGAAACAUUUGCAAAUCAGUUACUUAUACUUUUCUUAUCUACCAUUUACAUGAACUGUUUUAAAUUAAUGACUGAGCAUGGACGUUACCAUAGUUGUACCAUCCUUCUAAAGCUACACUUGCUGGAAGUACCUUUUAUUGUGGUAGAACUCUCUCUAUAAUUUGAUUAUCCCUUAGUGUACUAACUGAAGGCAAAAUGCUCUGAAGAGAUGCUUGUAAACUUUGAAUUUCCUACUUCUUGAAAAUUUUUUCAGUGUUUAUGUUCGUUGAAAGGAUAUGUAUGUCUAGUUUUAUUUUGAUUUCACUAGAAGUUUUACAUUUUGAUAAGAUGAAGCAGAGAUAGAAAUCCAUUGCAGAUGUAUAUAUAUUUAUUCCAUCUUGCAGAUUUCGGUUAGUAAAACACAGAAUGGUAGGUGGGUUUUAAUGUUAGGAAAAAAAAGCUAAAAUUAGAGAAGCCCUUCUGUUUGAGCUGCUAUAUAGAAAAGACAACUUUUAUUGCAUUGCUGAUCCACAUGAUGAUCAUUUUGAUGCUGUUCUAGACCGUAUGGGAAGUAUUUAAUGAAAAAGGGGAUAAGUUACAUUUUAAAAUUUUAUCAGCUAUCUACCAUUAAAAAAUUAACUCAGAUUAAUUCUUCUGCCUAUAAAAUCGAACAAGUAAAUAUUGGGUUUUAAUUUUCCUUUGUCUAAACCAAGAUAGGAAAUUUCUGAAAAGAUCAUUUUUUUUCAGGAACGAAAGGUCAGAAGCCAUUAGAGAUAGUGGCAUUAUUAUGCAAUAACAGCACCAUAACUAGCCUGCUUCUGUUAUCUGUAGCAUUUAUAAUAACUAAUGAUGACCUUUCAACCCUGAACACUACCUCGAUAAAGCAAACCAGAGAUCCUCUCUACAUUUUCUAUGGAAGCCAUAAAUUUGCCAUCAAUAUAUCCACUUUACCGUUCUGUACUUUUAUACUCUGUAGACUUUUUAUAGACUUUAUGAUCAGAUCUUUUUGUCUUAGAGGAUAAGCUUCGCAAGAUUCAAAGGAAAAUGAAACUCCUUGGUUGUCCCAACUUUAAAGAUAACGUACCGUUUAUCAACAAUUCUCCAUUUAAGUCAAAACUAUUUUGCAAAGUUGCAUAUCGGGAAAACAAACUUCUCUUGUUUCCUAUGUAGAAGCUACAUUGUUGUAAGAAACUACUUAUAAAGUGGAUUUCUACCUUGUUACUCUACGUAUUACUCAAUAAUAUAUGUAUUGUCACAAUGUUCCUGAAGUUGUUUUUAUUUCUUUAUGGCAGAUGAGUAUACAUGUCUCUUCUAAUCCUCUGUUUUCUCACUGCAGCAUCAGUCUCUCUAACUCUGUUCUUGAGUGCCUUCAAACAGCCAGCAUCCUGGAACAUUCUUUUCCUGGUCUAAAUCCUACCUCUGAUUACUUCAUUCUCCAUGAGUAUCGGAAUCCUCCCUUAUUCCAAUUGGUUUAGCUCUACAAACUAGCUAUAAAACCUUGGAUGAUAAUUUUGAACGUAUUUGUCUUGUUCUCCCAUGUCAUUUAGAUUACAUUUUUAACUUUUAUUUGUAUUUUAUUUCUUUACAUGUUACAUCUCUAGUGAUAAAAGAUUUUAUCCUUAUCUUACUCUUCACUUUCUUUUCUUUUGCCAGAAACUAGACGUUACUUUAAAAUGAAAGGUCAGCGAGUAUCUCUUCUGGACAUCUUUUUCUCACCUUAAGUCUUCCUAAAUGCCUCCCCUUUCUGACCAAGGGAUCCCGACUGCUGCUGUUGCUAUGCCCUGUUCCUACGUGGUUUCUCUCCCCAAGAACAUUUUGUAAGGUUGUACCCAGAAUUUUAUUUCAGAAUUGCUGUUUUUAUCAAAAGUCCUUUAUUGAUUCUUGAUCUGUCUCUCUCAUCCCCAUUUCCCUCAAAAACCUCCAGUUACUUUAUUGUCUAGUUUUUCUCAUCUAAUUAAUUUUAAAAGUAUGAUUGGUAUAAUAUGUGAAGGAUGUAAUAAAAAGAGGAUUGCAGUGUGUUCUCCAUGUGGUACGAGCAUCUUAUUGAGAAAACAUUUUAGUAGUUGGCUCGUCUUUCACAACCAAAAUUGAAUUUGUGCUGUGUAACCAGUCUCUCGCUCCUUUUCGGUUCUCCUCCAAAACCGAAAACAAAUGAAACUCUUUAAAAUGAAGAAAUUCGAUUAUGUUGUUCUGGUGCUGUUUGUUUGUUUGUUUGUUUGUUUGUUGAAGUGAAUGAAAGAAUGCUAUUGAGUAUUUUGGCCUUAGUCAAAAUCUUUUCUUUGUGACUUAAAAUCUCAUGCCUCUUUUCUUAAAGCUAGUAAUACUCAGGUUUUCAAGACUAACUAACCACAUGAGGGUAGGAGUCUAAGAAGGCAGCUGUCAGUAAAUUCGUAAUCUUUUGGUCUUGUGAUUGUUUUUGGUCGGACAGUGCAAAAUUGUGAGAAUUGGUUAUGUUUGAUAAUGAAUAAAUUCAACACAUUUGAAGGCUUAAUUGGCUGUUUGGGAAGACUAGUUUACAAAAUGCAGAAGAUAGAUGUCUGUGUUACAGAAAUAAGUAACAAAGGUUUCUUGUUUUUAAAAUACUUUUCGCUUUAAUUUGCCUUGAUUUGCCCCCAUUAAUGGCCUAGAAAUUGAUCUCUUUCAGGUAGUAGCUGGCCUACCUACAAUAUCUACUUUAAAAUUCGUGGCUUUUCCCUUCAGAGUCCCGGGCAAUAAAACAGUGGAGAGCCAUACUUGGUUCACGUUCAGAGUCGCAUCCUUUGAGACAGACUGUUGACUUGUUUUAUGUCUUCAAUAGAAAACCUUUGGUACAAGUAUCAAAUAGGAUCCUUACCCCCUGAGAAAUGUCCCCACAGCUUUCUACUUCCGGGUUACUUUCACACUAGCAACUUUAGCAUCUCUGGUGAGGUCAGGGAUAUUACAAAUUAUUUGAAAGGGACUUUGGAGAGUAUAGGAAAUGGGGAUGGGACAAGAAUGGGUAGAAGCUGAAUUUUGCUUAACUUCAAAAGGAAAUUGGAUAACUUGCAAUGCUAGUUGUUUGAUCAACUGAAGAGCCUGUCUCUGUACUGGAUGUGCCAAAGAAUCCAAUUGUUUAUGAAUACCUAGCUCCUCUAAAUGAACACAGCUUCCUACCUACCUGUUUUUACAGGUGAAAAGAGAUCAUGUGAUCAAAAGGACAGACUCCAGCUCACUUUCUGCACAGGACUCAAGACUGUGCUUGAUUGCAUUUUCAAGUUGGUGGGAAGUAGUUUAUUCUCCUAGAACCUCUAACCAACCCUUCUAGAGAUAAUUUUUUCUAUGCUUGAUUAUUCAACUAGAUUACUAGGUUUAAAAGGAAAGAAACUGUGGCAUAAUUUUGAUGUUUACUUCUAAAGUUGUAUCCCCAGCCUCUGAAAAUCUGAUGAAUUUUCUCAAUUUCCCAUGGUAAGUUUGAAUAUGUGUUUUAUUUAUUUCUUGACAUGGGCUGUAUGAUUCUCUUUCAUUAGCAGUACUGGCUUUGUCCACAAGGGAGCAAUAAAGUACUGUAGCUUCUUUAUGCUCAACCUCUUGAAGAAAGAUCCCACUUUUAAAUCUUUUAUAGGAUAUCCUCUCUCAGCUCAAUGCUUAAAUUUAUAUUUAUAUAUCUUGAUUUUUAAGGAAUUUCCCCACAUAACUAAGUCUAGUCAUUGCCCAGCCCACAGCAGAGAUUGAUGUGAGGGCCCAGAGUGCCUUGGAUUCAUAAAGUGGGUCAGGCAUCUUAAUAGCAAGUUUAAAUAACGGUGCCUGGAGAUUAAAAGCCAGGACCUUUCCAUGGAGGAUCCAUCGUGUACUAAGUGCCAGAGCAGGAAGGCUCCUCUCCUUACUUUCUUCCAAAUCUCCCCCCAACCACAGACCAUCACAUCUCUGAGAAGGAUGAGAGAGACAGGUAACUUUGGAGUAUGAGUGAGGAAAUGCUUUGCCUUCUCUCUCCAAAUGGAUUAUCUUUUACACCAGGGAGCAAGUCCUCGAGGUCACACUCUGCAUCCUGACCUGUGGGAGGUCCCCUGCAGCCGGCACUCCUCUGGGUGGAAAUUCGGUUUGGUGCUUCCUCUCUGUCAGUUACUUGUCUUAGGGCCACUUCUCUGGCAGAAUCAGCUCUCUGACUUGAGAAUUUUGUGUCAUUGCAGCAGCAUCUUCACAAUAAGCAGGUCAGUAAUCAACUGUGAGGGGAAACACCAGAAGUAAAUCUUUAACCUGUAGAGCCAGGAGGCAUUUAUACCUGGAAUGGCCUUUUUAACUGAUUUCUGCCUGGCCCUCUUUCCCCAAGCCAAGUCUGACCCUGAGCAAUACCAGACACAGGGAGAUAGUGGUGUCUGCUCAUAACUUCAACACGUGACAAAAAUCAAAACUGAAGCUGUGAUUGGUCUAGGUAGCAGGUGGUCAGGUGUGAUUUGUUUGUUUUUGUUGUUCCCUACAUUACUGAAAUCACUUGCACUUUUCCUCAUUUCUUAAAGAAAAGAAAAUCCAGUUUGCUUGCCAGAAAUUGUUUAGCAUUAGGUUUACAAAGCUUGUUGUUGAAUGUUGAUUAUUUGUCCAAAGGAGUUUGACAAAACAGAAGCUGCUUGGUCCCUGUUCUGCCUGCUAGGUCAUAAGGAUUAAGGCCAUGCGGCUGCGGUACUUAUGUCAAGUCCAGAAUGGGGCAGUAUCCCUUUCCUACCUCUCUGCAGAGACACAAUUGAAGGUCAGGUUGGACUCAGUGUAGGGCAGGUACCUCUCAUGCUGCGAAGAAGUUUAGAGGAGUCUUUUGGUUGUGGAGGUGACAGCACAGGGUCUCUUAAGAUGGGAAGGAUACUGGGGAGAGGAGAGAUGCUUGGCCCCAGGGAGUUGCAGUGAAGUGGAACUGAGCUCGCCUCCUGAAUCUCCAAACUAGCCCACUUUGCCUAGCUUCCCUGAGUCACCUUUUUCUAGCAUCCUGUCAGAUCCCUCAAUGUACUGAUUUUCCUUCUUGUGUUAACUAGUAUCAAUAUUUUUUUUCUAGCAAUUGAAAUGCACUUUUUUAUUUCAACUCAAUCAUGAUUUUAAGUAUAAAAAAUUUAUAGAUUGUUAAAACUACUUUUUUGUGUAUUUUUAACCACUCAAUGUAGCAUUGUAUAUUUUAUUCUUGUGAGACUCUGGUACAAGGUGUGCCACUUCAUGAGAUUUCCGAGAUGCUGGGCCUUUGGAUGUGUACGGUAACCAACUUAAUGCUAAUGUUCAAAGUAUAAAAAAAAAAAAAAAAA